GCCGCCACGAGCAGACGCGACCGCCGACGCCGACGCCAGCGCUACGACGCCGACAUGCCUUCCGCGGGAGCCGUUCCCACACACCUGCUGCUGCUGCUGCUGACGGCCGGCGCUUCAGCAAGGCCCUCGACAGACGCAGCGCUGGGCGAGAAGAGCGGCGAACAGGGAGGCGAGCAUCUGACGCUCCUGCCGGCAGCGUCGCAGGCGGACGGGGCCGACGCCGCGCAGGUGGCGGGGCUGACUUCCGACGACUCCCUGGAGGGCGCUGGAGCCGGUGACGGGCCGGACCCUCAGCAAGACGACCCGGAGGCGUCCGACCAGCAGUUCUUCCCGUCAUUCGCGCCGCUCUUCCAGCCACUGGGACACUCCAGGCCGCAGCUGCUCUUCCAGGAGCCGGCGCACAGCCAGCGGCCGUCGUCGCUGCUGCGGCCGCAGCACAACAGCUUCCUGGGCUACCACCCGCACGCGCACGCCCACCACCAGCAGCAGCAGCCGCCGACCGCGUUCGCGGGCGCGGCGCCCGCCUCCAACCUGCUCGGCUCCGGAAACUUCGGCGUCAUCCGCGGCGGCACCUUCUACAACAACGAUGAUGACCGCGGAGUGUUCGGUGGUGGUGGCAGUGGGGACGUGGGCCUCCUGGGCAGUUCCUACUACAGCAACGGUCACGGCCGGCCCUCCUACUACAACCCACGCCCCCAGCCACACCACCACGACUUCUUUGCCAACUUCCGUGACUUUGCAGACAUCAACACCCCCACCAAGUCAUCCUACUCGCAGUACGUUGUCGUCUACGCCAACAAGAACGCGACAGGAGCAGCUUCCGCAGGCCGGCCCAAGAAUAUCAUUGAGCAGCUGGCGCUGCUGGACAGUGAGCCAGCGUCCACACCUACAUCGGCGUCCUCUGCAGUGUCGGCACCCCAGAAAAGCAAGAAGAAGCCCCUAAAGCCAGCGAAGGGCAAGGGCACAGUCCAGCGGCACGCUGACAAGGAGGGUAAACCAGGCCGCAAGAAGGCUCCGGCGGAAGCGCCCAGCUACCAGAAGGACACCUACGAGCCUCUACUCGCACUCAGCUGAGUACCCACUCUGACGGCACCGUCACAACUGCCACAGUGUCCACUGCACGUAGUGGGCAGUCGCCGUCACACGUCCGGUGGACAAAUUUUCCUCCAGGUGCAGGCAAUGUUACAGUGGACAAUUUACUUGCAUGAAUGGUGCUCUGUCUUGCCAGACUUGAGUUUGACAACCGUUGUACCUGAAACACACUGUACAGAGUGUGGAAGUCAUAAUGCCAUAAAUUCAUUAUGCUGAAGACUCAAAUUAAUAAAGAUGUAGGCACAUAACCCUCUCACACAACUGAUACAGAUCAAAAGUUUUCCAACAACUGUAUAGUUUCAAUAUGGGCCUCCUUAAUGGCAUAUAGAAAAGCCUGUCUGCAGCCCUGCUCAGUUUUUCCCUCAGCCUGUGCUAACAAUCCUAAAGUGAUGGUACAGAUAUUGUCAACUAUUUGAAACUUGGUUCACAUCUUCAAUGCCGUGAGCUUUACUGGAAAAAACACAUACCCUAGUGUAGCCUAAAAGAAGGUACUCUGAGACACUACACUUCAGGAACAUGUUGGCUGCAGUAUAAGAUCCACCAUCCCUAUUUGUUGUCCUGCAGAAAUUUCAUCUUUCAGUGGUCAGUGUUGUGGGAUACUAUUCUGCUCAGACCUGAAUUGCAGGUGUGCAAGCCCAUUUGAGUAGUCUCUCUAGGUCCACUAAUGCUGAUGUAUUCUCUGCAAGUAACUGUGGUGCAAUUACCUGCCUAUACACCCAUUAUCUUCCUUGCAUGGUUUAUACAUGGCUCCAGUGGCCACAAGCGUCUAUGCCAUGCUUUUAUCCAUUCUAUCUGUUGUUGAUUUGUGGUACAUGUGAUGAAACUUCCUUUGUACCAAACUCGUGGAUGAAAUCAAGCAUAUCACACCACAACAUGUUUGUUCUCCUCAUGAAUAUUGUUCUAGUAACACACGAACCUGAUUUAUCCUAAAGAGCAGACUUUAAACAAACCAACCAUAAAAUAAUCUUUUAAGACCCUCCGAGUUAUGUGAGAGUUACAUAUCCAUACCUUUAUUACUUUUGACCCUAGAUCACAGUGAAAUUAUGGCAUUAUGAGUCAGACAUCCUGUAUAAAGAUUAGUAUGCAUGCAAAGAGCAUUUGAGGCUAUUGAAGUGACGAGCAGGAGACAAGUCUCAGCCUGAAAUUUUAGCAGCAUUUCACCAUUUCUGUACACCAAGCACUAGAGUGGUCCUCUAUGUUCUUUUAUGAGCACUGGAAACAACAGUGAGUGUGUUCCACAAAUCACCUUCAUUCACCAGCAAUUUUUUUCACUCAUUUUUUGUGGAAUUAAAAUGCUCAAGAUAUGGAAUGCUAUUUAUAUUUUAUUCAUCAACAUUAGUCAUGUAUUUCUUAUUCUCAGUAAAGUGACAGAACUUUUGUCAGGGUAAGAUGCUCUCCAUUUAGAUGAUGGCUCAAAAACUUAUGAAAUACACACAUUUAUAGUUUUCUUUUUUGUACAUAUGAGAAUGUUUCAGAAGAGUAUCAAACUGGAUACAUUAGAUUUUCUCCAAAGAUUCUGUGCAUUAGGCACGACAUGGCAUAUGUAAAUCGAAAAACAAGCGAUGGAACUGCACUGUACAAAAUAUCAACAGUCACAGUAGAAACAAAAGCCCCAGAAUGGAUCAUACUAUGAACACAACAUUUAUUUUGUGUGAGGAAAGCGAGGACACUGUAACUGAAAUUGAUCAUCAGCUCACUUUCUAAGUGACUCUGGCAUGCAGGAAUGGAGUGAAUGAAGAAAUGGCAUUUAGCUUACUGAAUUAAUCCAGUUGGCAUUUUCCUGGAGUGGUUUUGUAGGAGAUGCAAUAGGGGAAACCAGAAUGACCUGAUAAAAUUUAAAUAAAGCUCCUUCAAUUUUUUUUUUACUUUUCCCUCAUAUCAAGCAAUAUAUAAAUGCAUUAGAAGGUUAUUAUUCUCUGACUAAGCAAAGUAAAUUACUCCGCAUGCAUUAAUAGCUGCAGACUUCAAUCACAUAGUAUCAACCUUCACAGCAACUGGCCCACAGGACUCUCAAAACAAUGAUAGUAUCUUUCUUCAUUUCAAUCCAGAACCAUUGCAAAACAAAAUGAAAUGAAAUGCAAAAACAUUUUGUGCAGCAAUUCGGUGGUAUGACCUAGUCAAAAGAAUGAGUAUAACAAGAUUCACAUGAUCGGAUUAAAGGAGUUAUUUAUGCAUUACUGAUAAUCAGUUAAGUGUCUUCUGUGUCCCAUUGUUUCAGAAAGGUUUAUCUGCAAAGUAUUUCAGUUUGCAGCAGUUGCUUAGAAUCAUUCAUUGUAAAUUAUAGACUCUUACAAUCUCAUUUCAAGAUAAUGUGAGUGUAAUUCUGAUUUUCAUUCACUCAUUCAUUCAUGCACUUCACUAAAAUUGUUCAAUUUAAGCUCUUGGUGAAAGAGUUAGUGCAGUUCUCUCUUCUCAUGGUGCAGCAAUAAAAUUGAGGCAGUGUUUGUCAUAGUUUCCUUUCCUCAAAUAAAGAAACAUCCAAGAUGACUUGAGAGGUUAAAUAAAUAUGCAUCAGAUAGCAUAAAAAUAUUUCACACAUUGUGUAUUUGCUCAUAUGUGAAUUUUUAAUUAUUUAUUAUGAUUUUGUUGCACCCAAUUUCAAAGCACAUGCUUUCAAAUACACACACCACACCUCCUCAACUCACAUGCUUACACUGGACACAAUUUACCACAAAACUGAAAAUAUUGCUGUUAGUCCUAUCCACACUGAAAAAUGAAAAUCAAUGUAUAUGCAUUUUAUAUGAUGAUCAUUACCAUAAGACGUGGAAUGAAAUAGCUAGUGGGAAUACAGUCAAGAGUAUUUCAACCAUGUCUACAGCAUAUUUUCUUUAAUUCCACGGUUGUUAUGAGGACAACAAAAUAUGUUGAGUCAUACUUUGUAGUUUUCAUUCAGUGCACUGAGAUUUAAUCAUCUGCAAAUAUUGUUAUUCUUUAUUGUUGAUUUUUGUAAUUAAACAGUCAAAUUUCAUAAAAAUACAUAUAAAUUAAAGUAAGAGAAA